AUGAGGUACCUGGGUCUCACCCUGGACGGGAGGUGGGCUUUUGGGGCUCAUUUUGCAGAGCUAGCCCCAAGAGUCGUGAAAGCCGCCGCCUCACUGGGAAGGCUGCUGCCGAACGUGGGUGGUCCGAGUGCCCAUUGCCGUCGGCUGUACUCCGGGAUCAUCCGGAGUAUGGCCAUGUACGGGGCACCCGUCUGGGCGGACGCCCUCGGUCGCGCCAACAAAAUCCAGCUGCGACGGCCGCAGCGGGUCAUCGUGACGAGGGCGAUACGCGGUUACCGGACGGUGUCCUGGACGGCGGCGUGCGUGCUGGCCGGCGAUUCCCCCUGGGCACUGCAGGUGGAGAUCCUCGCCGAAACAUAUCAUUUUGGGUUCUACGUCUACGCUAUGAAGGCCAAAUAUGCUUGCAUUGAAGUUAUGAGUGAUAAUAGAAAUCCUGGUAAGAUUAGUGAUAGUUUUAAAUUCACCGUCACGAAAAAAGAGAAUAUCAAUGGAAAUAUAUUUUGGGUUUCGCAAACUUCUAACUGA